AAUCGGAAAUUCCAUCUAAGACCGGUGCCGUGAAGCCUCGAAAUUACAAAACCAAAAUAAAGAAAGAAAAAGGGGAAAAGCCCUCGACUUCUUCACCAAUUUCUCCCCCAGUGCCUCAGUUCCUUGUUACCUUCCUUCUUCAGAGAGAAAUGAAGGCUUCUUUGAAAGGAAGAGGAAUGAGAAGAACACUACCUCCUCUGUUUUUCCUUCAACGCCGGCGAUGUCAAGCUACGCGCCUCCGUUACUGACGCCACCGUCGUCGACGGUCACAGCUUGGACGGCUUGACUUUAGCCGUCGAAAAGCCCGGAUCUUUUACCAUCGACUAUGGCGUCCCCAAAAAGGAUUUCUCGAUUUCAGUUUAUGAACACUGUUAGGGUUGCGAAGUUGCCCUUGAAGCUUACUUACAUUCACAGCAGAGGGGAUAACCGGACGGUUUUCGAUGGGGCGCUUAUGCUCGACUCUGCUAACAAGGUGUCUGGUAAUUACACGCUUGGUACGGGGAACUGUAAGCUUAAGUACAGCUACUUGCGCGAUGAGGUUAUCACUUUCGAGCAGUGUUAUGAUUGGGGGAAGAACAUCUGGGAUUUUGCGGUUUCGAGGUGAGUAUACUACGACGUUUUCAAGGCAACGUAUCAGACUUGGAACAGCGAUUUGGCUUUGGAGUGGUCAAGAAAUUCCAAGUUUAAUGGGACUUUUAAGGUAAGUAAAACUAUAUGGCCAGUUAUUUCCUCUGUGUUUCAUUUGAAUUUUCAGCGUUUCCAUUGCACAGUAUAUUUAACCAAGGAACUAUAUAUUUUAGAGAGCAGAAGUGAAUUGAGGCUCAUUGGAUAUGUGGGAUUCAAAUUGCGGUCGCGAUCGCGUUUUCGGUCGUGUUACGUUUAUUGCGGUCGCGGACAUAACGGAUGUUAUCGUGGUCACUACAGGUA